GGCCGGCCCAUCGAGUGGGUGCCGCCCAGCGACUUCGAGCGCAGCACCACAAAGUACUGGGUCAAAACGGAGAACCACCUCUCCAUCCUCAUCAUGGGCCGCACGCCCCCCACGCUCGCCCAGAUGGCGGCGGAGGAGGCGCCGGUCCUGAUGCACCCCGAGCAUCACGCCCAGGCCAUCUACUCCAAGUUCUACGAGGGCACGUCGGUCCUCUCGUGGAUCACCUCCCUCUACCUCGACUCGCUCUCCUUCCGCCAGUACCACGAGCGCCUCGCGCGCGACGACGGGGCGAACCUCUUCCGUCUGCGCUGGUACGGGCUCGACCCGGAGCAGGCGGGAGAGAGGUGGUCGACCAGCGUGACGAUGCCGAAGAGGCUCGAGCGAAACACAAACUUGAACCCGGCGGCAGACGCGGCGGCGAGGGCGACGGUCCCAACAUCGUCGUUGUGA